UGAAAAGUCCACGCAACCGGAAGUGUCCCAGGCAACUUUCCCAGCUGGUCUCAGACAAAGCAGUGAGGGGGUUAUGGUAGGAGAAGAAGCGCAUCGACCUCCGGAGAGCUGCUGCUGACGGGGACCACUGAGAAGAUGUCUGUGGACGACGUGUACGUGUUCCGGCCCUUCAAGCUGAUCGCCCUGCUCUGCGUCUUCCUGGCGCUGUGCCUGGACGUGGUGGCUCUGCUGAGUCCAGCCUGGGUCACCGCCGAGCAUUUCUCCCUGUCUCUCUGGGAGUCCUGCUCCCAGUCCGAGGCUCGGCAAGCCGCGGAGGAGGCUGCGUGGAGCUGCUUCUCCACCCUCACAUCUGACUGGCAGAUCGCCACCCUGGUGCUCCUGGGGGCCGGCGCCGUCGCGACUCUGGUGGCGUUCCUGGUGGCCCUCAUUUCCCUCUGCUGGGGUACGAAGAGGCAGCACUACCGCAUCGUGGCGGUGUUCCUGUUCACUGCAGUUGUUUUGCAGGCCUGUGCCCUGGUGCUCUACCCGAUCAAGUUUAUUGACGGGACGGUUCUACAGACCUACCACGAGUUCAACUGGGGCUACGGACUCGGCUGGGGAGCCACCAUCUUCAUGCUGGGCGGAGGGAUACUCUUCUGCCUGCGGACAGACAUUUACGAGGAUGCCAUGUACUAGUGAAAUCCCUGCCGCGCUGCUGAAAAUGCGAACCUAAACCCACAGAAACUUCUCUUUGCUCUGCACAGGGCCUGUACGUGAGCAGACCCCAUGUCUUGUUUCUGCCUCCUGUCUUGCUCUCGCUGUUAUUUUUAGACAGGUUGUGAAGGUGCUAUUUAGGGCUGUGAGAGUUGAUCUCCGCCCCCAUCCUGCAGUCACACUCAGCUGCCGGUGGCGUUUGGUGGAGGGGGCGAGGUGGCAACACUAAAGCACAGAGUUUUCUGGACUGGCUCAGGCUGCUAGACGUUUCCAGGAUGUUUAUUGUUAGAAUUGACACAGACCUGAAUAUGCUGGGGGUGACUAUUCACCAGGACUGACUGAUCUCCACAUUUCUUUUUUUUAUUUUUUAUUUUUAUAGUGUAUUUAUGGCAUAAUUUCUCUCUUUCCUGAUAUUCAGUGUAAAUCUCCCCUCUGUUUAAACUAAAACAUAUCUAAUAAGUGUAAAUUAGACAUUUUUUAAUAGAUGUGUAGCCUCUGAAAAAAACAAUCACACUAGUUUGUCCCAUAAAAUCUACAAAUAAAUACGAAAUAUUUCUAUGUGUGUUGUUUAAAGGAAACAUUUGGACAUAUUUGCUACAAACUGUCAUGACUGUACACCACAGAAACAAAAAUACUGGUUCUCUAAACCAGUUUAGAGAAUAAGAUUGCAUUAAAAAAGGACAUUUUCAGUGAAAUUCCUGAGAAAUGAAGAGAAUCAUGGAUAAUUGUUGUUUAUAAAUGAUUUUUGUUCAUUUUUCAGCCUUGCUAGCUAAAGAUAUACUCUUCCACAAUAUUAUUACAGAUGCCAGGACUUUCGCCAGCUUUUUUCCAAGAGGUAUUUUGACACUCCACUAAAUUUGAAAGGGAGAAAGAGAAGUGUACAUCAGCCCUCCAUGAGUUAUAUUAGCUCAUCUUUUAUGUAUUAAUAGACAAACCCCUUAAGAAUGUCAACAGAACCAAAGACUGCAGGAGGAAAAUCCUGGUCCUGAAAACCUUUUUAAAGUCUAAUUUUGUCAUGAUUACAGGCCAUAGACUCCCCUAGGAUAAAUACAACCACCUUCCUUCAAGUCUCCCCUUCAUCUCUAUUCAUUUAUUUAUUUUUAUCCAGGCACUCUGUCUCUCUGACUGCUGCCUAUGGACUCCUGUUUAGCAGAGCUGAAACUAAGACAUCAACACUCCCACAAUGCAAUGCGGUUUAAUGUCUGUGCUCAUUCCCAUGACUAUUUCAGUUAACAUCUUAAACAUGGCACCUUUAAAAAAGUUUGUCCUUCAAAUACUGAAAAGUGUACAAAGCAGUUCUAAGUUAUUACAAACAUUAAUUAUGUCUAGUUUGGGAGUAUUUGGGUUUUAUAUUAUUGUUGGAGGCAAUAUUUAAGUAUAUUUCUUAAAAUUUUCAAUCAGAAAUACCCUAUUAUCUAAUACAUUUUUUAUGAAAUCAAUGUAUAGAUAUUUUUAUUUCUAUUGUUCAAUACUUGGAAGAAGACUUCGCUGCUUUCACUAUCUGGUUGCUAGCAUAAAGUCAGCUGGCUAAUAUGUAAAAUUAAUUUAAUUAUGCUACACUACAUGAAACAUUUGACAUAUUUUUGUAGUUUGAGAGUUUACACAAACUCUAAUUUCAUGUAUUUAUCCCUUUGUCUAGGGUAAACUUCCUAACUUUGUUAAUACAUGUCCUUUAAAACAAAAAACAAGAGGUUUCAAUAUGUAGCUAACAGUUGUAACUAAACCAGUGAUUGUUUAGAUAUUACCUUGGUUCACCUGAACCAAAUGAAAGCUCGUUAAAAGCUACGUGAGAAGACAGUUCAUUAAGGAGCUGUGUUGUAGCAGGUACAUACGUAAAACUAGGCCUUGACUCCAGUUUUAGGACCUUGAGGACUGGAGGUGGAUGGCCCUGCUACAGACUAAACAACGCUCAGCCACCGAACCACUUUCAUUAUCUGGAACACAUUCCACAGAGGAAGGCGGAAGCUAUUUAAAGAGGUACCACUGGACUGCUAACUAGCUAGCUAGCUAGCUAGUGUGUACAAUGUAGAGCUACAUGAACAUUUCAUUGUUCAUCAGUACCACAUUUUACAGCUUUUUAACAGUUUACUCAUGAAUUUAGGAUGGAAAAUAAUUUCAGACACACCUGGUAGCAAAGCCUGAAAAUAAAUCCCUUUUUAUUGCUAUGCUAGUGAACCUCUUUACCACCAAAUGAGUCAUCCUCCCUUAACACAGUUACAUUUAUUUUAAAUGUUUUAAUUGUUGCUCUUACUAGAAAAUAUGAGACAAACCAAAUCUUCAGAGAAAAAAAUCAUAGCAAAAUCUAUAUUUAUUUCAUGUGACUGAGGUCUGACUGUUGUAUUCACAGCCAAUUAGACUUUAAAAAGAAACUGGAGGAAAAUAAACAAUAUAAAAACAACCAAAUAAAUAUCUAAGAAAGAAGUUGCAACAAUUUAUCCAGAAGUUAAUACAACUUCUGGAUAAAUGUGACUUAAAGGUUAGAGGUGAUAACCUAUAAUUAUAUAACAAUAAUAAUGUCAAUUAUUAUUAUUAUUAUUUUAUUUUAUUUUAAAAAACAAAGAAAGUAUCACAUUCAAAAACCAGAAUACCAGGAAAACUAAAAAAAAAAGUAAUUCAUAUCCAGGUGUCCAGAUAAAUGUAUACAGGUUAGGUGAGUAUUUUUUGUUGUAACCAAUUCAUGACAUGAGUGUUACACAUCUUUCUUGUUGGAAUAUGUUCUCUUGGAUUGCUCAUUUAGAAGAGUGGCAUAGAAAAUGGUUGUCUGUCAUGUAUUUCUACCCCAAAAUAACAGAAAAAAUUUGAAAAAGUUAUGUUUAUAUAAUACAAGUUGUAGGGGUGCAACUGCAGCCACGUUUUUUUUUUCUUUGUGAAAUUGCUGUAUUUUUACCCAAAUAAUUAAAGAUACUUAGUUCAAAAGUUG